AUGGAGCGUCCACAAAAUGCAACGGCUCUACUGCUGUCGCUGCUGGGCUUAUUCCUCGUAGCCCAUGCAAGAUCGAGAUAUGAGGCGGAGGGCAUGGACAUCUUCUUGAACGUCGACAAGCAGCCGAUGGAAGACCUGCUCCACCACAUGCGAGCGAUUCUCAGUGACAACAAACCACAACUUUAUGUCGGAGGCCACCCAUAUCUUGCACCAAAAGAUGCAGCACCAGGAAGCCCACCCUGCAGGUGGAUCAAUGUCCACCUCACCGCCGGUGGUCACCGGACGACACUUGCUUCUGCCGAUUCGAACAUCUACCUGGCGGCAUUCAAGAACAGGACGAAUCACUGGAACUGCUUCCCCGGCUACAACACUCUUUUUCCUGACUGUACAGUUCUUCCAUUUUCAGAGGAUUACACAUCCCUUCUAGGAGGUAAAAACGGUGAGGGGCAUAGAAAGCUUCCAACCGUGCCUCUAGGCAAGGAUGCGGCCAGACGAGCUGUGCAGAUGUUUUCAGGAUAUGACCCGUCGACGACACCUGAAGAGGAUGCCAAGAUGGCUACUGCCUCACUUGUGGUGAUGAUAUCUGAAGCGCUACGCCUCAAGCCGAUCUGCCAGGUGUUCACCAGCCUCUUUGGGAACAAAAUCUCUUACUGCUUGUACCUGUGGGACAAGAAUGGUGCCUGGCCGCCAAGCUCAGAAACUACGGGACUGGAAACUGUUGGCAUAAAAAAUGCUAACGAUGCCCUCAAGAAGGUAGACCUCCUGACAAGGCCAAAAGAAAUCAUGAUAGACAUCAGUAUUUACUGA